AUGUCCGUGACUUUGCAUACGAACUUGGGGGAUAUCAAGAUGGAGGUGUUCUGCGACACAGCCCCACGUGCUGCUGAGAAUUUCCUGGCGUUGUGUGCGACCAACAGCUACGACAACACAACAUUUCACAGAAACAUGAAAGGAUUCAUGAUUCAAGGCGGGGAUUCCACAGGCACGGGCAAAGGCGGCGAAAGCAUUUGGGGCGGUGCCAUCGACGACGAAUUCCAUCCACAGAACCGACACAACGUCCGAGGCAUCGUGUCCAUGGCAAACAGCGGCCCGAACACGAACAAGCAGCAGUUCUUCAUCACGUAUGCCAAGCAACCCCGCCUGAACAACGUGUACACGGUGUUUGGCAAAGUCAUCGAUGGGUUCGAUGUGUUGGAUGCCAUGGAGAAAGCGCAGGUCGAUGCGAAGUUCCGACCUCUCAAGGACAUCGUGUUGCGCAACGUCACCAUCCACGCCAACCCCAUUGCCGAUUUCAAAUAAACCAACAACCUUCCGUAUCAUCUAGUUUACAAGCUCCUGGGCUCUUGGACGCGGAUCAUUUGCGUGGGGGGGAUCAACAGCUCGUCGUUCACGGCCGACCCGAGGUACUGCCGCAGCAGCGCCUUGAGCUCGCUGUUCUGCAUCUGCAACGCGGACACGGCGUCAAUGAGCACCUUGCGCUGCUUGAGCACCGUGUUGUACUCGGUCAGGCCCUUCUCCAGCGCCAACCACACGCUACGUGUAGACAUAUCAGCCACUUAUCAACGUCAUGCGGUGCUUUGAACCGUUGGGUGGUGUCGGGAAGGAUCUGCUGGGCACGCGCCCAAAAGUACUUGUCCUCCUUCCGGCCUCUUCCGCCGGCACGAUGAUGACCAUGAUGCUCGUCGUCGUUGUUGUCGUCGUGCUUCUUGACGGCGCGUCGGGGUCGGUUGCCAUGUAACCGCUUCUCUUUGUUCAGUUCCUAUAUCGAGAAAUCGAUGUGGGUGAUUCCAGACAUUUUUACACUGUCACACUAUAUGAUGUGCUUGUAACAAGGUGACAAC